AUGGCCUCUCUCUUGCUUCUCCACGGCAUCAAGACUUACCAUCGCAACCAGGACUGGCGCAGCGAGUACAGCAUCUUCAUGGCCGGCUUGCGCGUGAACCGCAACAACGCGAAGCUCUACAACAACGUAGGGCACGCGCUGGAGAGUCAGCAGGAGCAUCAGACGGCGCUGCUGUUCUUCCAGCAGGCUUCAAGGGUACAGGAGGACGACAUCGGCGCCUACAUGAACGUGGGCCGCACCUACAGCAGCCUGCAGAAGUACGCCGAGGCUGAGCAGGCCUAUCUGAAGGCGAAGUCGCUGCUGCCCCAGGUGAAGCCGGGGGAGGUGUACGAGGCUCGCGUGGCGCCCAGCCACCUGAGUGUGCUGCUCAACCUGGCCGGUCUGGUGGCGCGCGACCCGGCGCGGCUGGAGGAGGCGGACGCCCUCUACCGGCAGGCCAUCAGCAUGCGCGCCGACUACACGCAGGCCUACAUCAACAGGGGCGACGUGCUCAUCAAGCUGAACCGCACCAAGGAGGCGCAGCGCACCUACGAGACGGCGCUCUUCUACGACAGCAACAACCCCGACAUCUACUACAACCUGCAGCCCACCGUGGUGGACGCCGAGCGGGUCCACUUCAACCUGGGCAUGCUGGCCAUGGACGACCAGGACCUGUUGACCGCAGAGACGCAUUUAGAAAGUGGUGAUACCCUCCGUGACCCGUCGCUGCCGCAGGCGAUCGAGCUGAAGCCGGACUUCCGGAGCGCGCUGUUCAACCUGGCGCUGCUACUGAGCGACGCGGACCGGCCGCUGCAGGCGGCACCGUUCCUUCACCGGCUGGUGCGCCACCACCCGGACCAUGUCAAGGCGCUCAUCCUGCUUGGACACAUCUACGUCAACAACAUGAACGACCUGGACGAGGCGGAGCGGUGUUACCAGCGGAUUCUGCAGCUGGAGCCGGACAACGUGCAGGGUCUGCACAACCUGUGCGUGGUGUACGUGGAGCGGGCCGAGCUAGCCAGCGCUGAGGCCUGCCUGCUGCGCGCCGCCCGGCUAGCACCGCACGAGGAGUACAUACAGCGCCACCUGAAGAUUGCGAAGUCGCUGCUGCCCCAGGUGAAGCCGGGGGAGGUGUACGAGGCUCGCGUGGCGCCCAGCCACCUGAGUGUGCUGCUCAACCUGGCCGGUCUGGUGGCGCGCGACCCGGCGCGGCUGGAGGAGGCGGACGCCCUCUACCGGCAGGCCAUCAGCAUGCGCGCCGACUACACGCAGGCCUACAUCAACAGGGGCGACGUGCUCAUCAAGCUGAACCGCACCAAGGAGGCGCAGCGCACCUACGAGACGGCGCUCUUCUACGACAGCAACAACCCCGACAUCUACUACAACCUGGGUAUCGUGUACCUGGAGCAGGGGCGGCAGGCGCAGGCGCUCGCCUACCUAGACAAGGCGCUCGAGUACGACCCGGACCACCAGCAGGCGCUGCUCAACUCGGCCGUGCUCAUCCAGGAGCUGGGCAGCGGCCAGCUGCGGCCGCGGGCCUACCAGCGGCUGCGGCGGCUGCUCCAGCUGCAGCCCACCGUGGUGGACGCCGAGCGGGUCCACUUCAACCUGGGCAUGCUGGCCAUGGACGACCAGGACCUGUUGACCGCAGAGACGCAUUUUAGAAAGGCGAUCGAGCUGAAGCCGGACUUCCGGAGCGCGCUGUUCAACCUGGCGCUGCUACUGAGCGACGCGGACCGGCCGCUGCAGGCGGCACCGUUCCUUCACCGGCUGGUGCGCCACCACCCGGACCAUGUCAAGGCGCUCAUCCUGCUUGGACACAUCUACGUCAACAACAUGAACGACCUGGACGAGGCGGAGCGGUGUUACCAGCGGAUUCUGCAGCUGGAGCCGGACAACGUGCAGGGUCUGCACAACCUGUGCGUGGUGUACGUGGAGCGGGCCGAGCUAGCCAGCGCUGAGGCCUGCCUGCUGCGCGCCGCCCGGCUAGCACCGCACGAGGAGUACAUACAGCGCCACCUGAAGAUUGUGCGCGCGCGCCGCCUCGCGGCAGCGGCCGGAAGCACGUUCGACAACCCGGCGGCGGCGGCCGACUGGCCGGCUCGCCAGCUCACCUACACGUACCUGGUGGGCGUCAACGGCGGCCUGCUGCUGCUGCCGCACGGCCUCUGCUGCGACUGGACCAUGGGCACCGUGCCGCUGGUGACAUCUGUCGGCGACCCGCGCAACCUGACGGCGCUGGUGCUGGCCGCGCUCGGCCGUCUGCUCCGGACGGCGCUCAGCUCGCGCCACCGUCGAUCAGACGCCGUGCUCAUGGCCGUCUCGCUGCUGGUGAUGCCGUACCUGCCGGCCAGCAACCUGUUCUUUCCGGUGGGGUUCGUGGUGGCGGAGCGUGUGCUCUACAUGCCCUCCAUGGGCUUCUGCCUGCUGGUCGCCGUCGGCUUCUGCCAGGCUCAGCGUCAGUGGCGGUGUCGAAGGCUCCUGUACGCCGGCAUGGCCUCUCUCUUGCUUCUCCACGGCAUCAAGACUUACCAUCGCAACCAGGACUGGCGCAGCGAGUACAGCAUCUUCAUGGCCGGCUUGCGCGUGAACCGCAACAACGCGAAGCUCUACAACAACGUAGGGCACGCGCUGGAGAGUCAGCAGGAGCAUCAGACGGCGCUGCUGUUCUUCCAGCAGGCUUCAAGGGUACAGGCGGACGACAUCGGCGCCUACAUGAACGUGGGCCGCACCUACAGCAGCCUGCAGAAGUACGCCGAGGCUGAGCAGGCCUAUCUGAAGGCGAAGUCGCUGCUGCCCCAGGUGAAGCCGGGGGAGGUGUACGAGGCUCGCGUGGCGCCCAGCCACCUGAGUGUGCUGCUCAACCUGGCCGGUCUGGUGGCGCGCGACCCGGCGCGGCUGGAGGAGGCGGACGCCCUCUACCGGCAGGCCAUCAGCAUGCGCGCCGACUACACGCAGGCCUACAUCAACAGGGGCGACGUGCUCAUCAAGCUGAACCGCACCAAGGAGGCGCAGCGCACCUACGAGACGGCGCUCUUCUACGACAGCAACAACCCCGACAUCUACUACAACCUGGGUAUCGUGUACCUGGAGCAGGGGCGGCAGGCGCAGGCGCUCGCCUACCUAGACAAGGCGCUCGAGUACGACCCGGACCACCAGCAGGCGCUGCUCAACUCGGCCGUGCUCAUCCAGGAGCUGGGCAGCGGCCAGCUGCGGCCGCGGGCCUACCAGCGGCUGCGGCGGCUGCUCCAGCUGCAGCCCACCGUGGUGGACGCCGAGCGGGUCCACUUCAACCUGGGCAUGCUGGCCAUGGACGACCAGGACCUGUUGACCGCAGAGACGCAUUUUAGAAAGGCGAUCGAGCUGAAGCCGGACUUCCGGAGCGCGCUGUUCAACCUGGCGCUGCUACUGAGCGACGCGGACCGGCCGCUGCAGGCGGCACCGUUCCUUCACCGGCUGGUGCGCCACCACCCGGACCAUGUCAAGGCGCUCAUCCUGCUUGGACACAUCUACGUCAACAACAUGAACGACCUGGACGAGGCGGAGCGGUGUUACCAGCGGAUUCUGCAGCUGGAGCCGGACAACGUGCAGGGUCUGCACAACCUGUGCGUGGUGUACGUGGAGCGGGCCGAGCUAGCCAGCGCUGAGGCCUGCCUGCUGCGCGCCGCCCGGCUAGCACCGCACGAGGAGUACAUACAGCGCCACCUGAAGAUUGUGCGCGCGCGCCGCCUCGCGGCAGCGGCCGGAAGCACGCCGCCCGACGGCGUCUCCUAGCGGCAGCGCCCGCGCCCGGUGCUCGAUGAUUGGCAAGUUCUUCGAUCAUGAGAAUGAAACCGAGCUGUGCUGAACAGCUGAACAAUGGUCCCGGGAGGUAGUGAGGCGGUCGCAUUCUUCUCACGUGAACCAGAGCCGUGACGUUGAAUCCCCUAUGCCGAAAUGGCACUGGACUCUCGGAGAUUUUGCCGACAUGGCCUUGCGCCCCUCGGUUCUCUGCGUGUACUGAGUGUAAGGCCGGAGAGUUCUCGCCACAUGCUAUUUUUAUAUGACGUGGCCGGCUGGCGCGACUGCCUGUAAUCAGGUCACAAUUGUUGGCCGGACAGGGUGGUGGGGAGGGGAGGGGAGAGGCAGCGUGACACCCGUACUAUUGACACGAGGUCGCGUGGUGUCGGCCGGAGACGGGGCUAAGACUGUGCCUUUCCCGCCCUCCCAUCCGCGACCCCCAUGCUGUCGGACGUUCUCUGUCCAGCAUACCGAUGGAUGUGCCGUGUUCGCGCAAUUCUGAUGUCCCUUCUUGUUGCACGUGCUGUGUUGUUGAGUGUAGGUCUCGGUCAGGUUUGGGGCCCGCUGUUGAGACAGGCUGUGGACCCUCAGCCAGACCGCCAUCAUCAGACCUCACAGCUGUUCUCAGUGUGAAGAUGUCUUAAGCAGGUGUCAUGCCACUGUACUUCGCGCGCCGUCUACUGCCUAUCAUCAGGCCUCACAGCUGUUCUCAGUGUGGUGAUGGCUUAAGCAGCAGGUGUGAUGCCACUGUACCUCGCGCGCCGUCUACUGCCUAUCGAGGCGCAGUGCUGUUCGCUCCGUCGGCGGCGCGCAGCCCGGCUCGAGGCUGCGUCUCCCGCUGCCUCGUAUUUCAGCUUCAUGCUACUUGCCCAAAUGUACGUAUAAUUUUCAUUUCAUUUGCACGCACUUUGCUCAAGUUACGACAAAGCACCCUUCGCAGGCAUUUGCAGCGGUCGAAUGCAAUCUCACGAUACAUGAGUAAAUUUGACUGUUCACAGGUCGAGUAAGAUUUUGCAUGCCAUCUUCGAAUUGCGGGCAGAAGAAAAAUUAAACAACGA